AUGCCGCCGGGUGCGACGGCGGUGAACGCUCAGUUCAGAAGAAGAAUAAGAAGAAGAAGAAGAAGAAGAAGAAGAAGAAGAAGAAGAAGAAGAAGAAGAAGAAGAAAAGAUGAUGAUGAUGAUGAUGAUGAUGAUGAUGAUGAUGAUGAUGAUGAUGAUGAUGAUGAUGAUGAUGAUGAUGAUGAUGAUGAUGAUGAUGAUGAUGAUGAUGAUGAUGAUGAUGAUGAUGAUGAUGAUGAUGAUGAUGAUGAUGCCUGUACUUCAGGCUCAGACCUUAUUAUAAAAAGAUGGGCAAACCUUCAGCCCUAACUCAUGAGUAGAGUUAGUAAGCUGUUCUUUUUUAUGAAGUAGACGUCCAGAUGGCAUCGCUGCUCCACUCCAGCUACGGAAGGCGUAAGCGACACAAGAAAAAUUGCAGAGUCCACAACACCAGCGCAUUUUAUGAACAAGGGAAUUUCACUUCCAACUAUGAACGUGUGUCGUUUGACCGACCAAGGAAAAUACUCACACAGAGUUAAAAGACGCAAAAGGAAACUAGUAAAUUUGGUUGUUUUCACGAAAUAACUGUGGUAUUUUGUUUACGUUUAUAAAGUUUAUAUCCACUCGGCGGUGCAUCGACUAAAUAAGGCUGAUUGUCUUUCACUCCUGCAAAAAAAUUGUGAGAGGAUGCGUGGUAAGCACAGCUGGGGAAGGGUUUAUACUACGGGCGUGGAGAAGUUUAUUUCUGACCGCCCGUCUAACCUUCCGUGUGUACAUGCGUAUGUAUAAAUAUCAUCGUCCCAAACAGCGCACGACUAGCAGCUUAAUUCUUGGUAUCAUAAGCUUUCAUUUUUACCUAGCCACACUAGUCCAACCGCACUUUGCUUUAUUUUUAGGGCAGGAUCGGAAGCUGUCUGGACUAUUCUUGUGGCAGUCCGUCUGCGUGGUCGCCGGGGCGACCGCUUAGUCAAACCGCCUUCGGUCCGCCUCAUGCUUCCUGUCAAUAGACGACAUGAGCUCGCGCUUCGCACCAGGGGCUAACAAACCCAACGGCUGGUACUUGUCUGCUGAGAACAUUUGCUGCCGUUUGAACACGUUCUCGCCUCAGUAAAGCCUGUCCAUCUGACUGUCUUCGUUGCCUUCUGAUUUUGGAAUCUUCGAGCUCUUGACGAUACCCUUUCAACAAGUGGUGACCCCAACGUGAUUACAAACAGGCAAUCUUCAAUUUCAUGACGUCUCUGGUUAGGACGCCUAUGACGCAUGUCGCAUUCAGUCUGCCUCACGCUCUCUGUCAACAGAUGGCCUUAUCCGUGUAGACUUGAUAGCGGCGUGGCGGUAGCUGGGAGCCAAUCGGCACUGCGCCUAUCGCUGAUUGGCUGUGGGCAGUCGAAACCCAACAGUACGGACACGCUUUGCGCCGGGGGGCUACAACCUCCACGGCUCUAAUUUACCUGAUGAGGAAAUUUGCAGACAUUGCCUGCUCUGCUCCAUGCACAUGCCCUCACCUCAUUAAAGCUUCUCCAUCUAACUGCCUACCCCGUCUUUUGGCUGGGAAACCUUCGAGUUGCCGACAUUCUUUCAGUAACCCCUGCUUGUUCGGAAAUAGUUAUCCUCGAGCAUAUGGCUGACUGGUUUCGACGAUCAGAGUUGCCUUCGUAGGAUCGGCAUGUUGCCUCUUGUGCUCAAUUAUGGCGAGCCCAUGAAAUGGCUUUAGACUUCUGUCUGAAAUCGUGCGUUGUGAACCAAGUGAUAACAAUCACAAAAAGACGAGAUUCACUCUUGUCGCCUAUGUUUUGAAACGCUGUAUUUUCCCGUUUACCGUUUGAUUGUCCGCCGAUGAACACACCAAAACCACAGCACAUCAUUGGAUUCAUCUUCUAGGGUAAAUAUGGCAUUGUGAAUUAUACAGGACCUGGAGUUUUCCCAGUUAUAUUUCCUAGCAGAAGAAAACUGGGCAGGGAACAUAACGUAAUAAAGCAGUUCGCUAAGGUUCCAGAAAAACACCGAUCUUUAGAUUGUUUUAGAGUUGCGAAAAUUCGCACGGCCGUGUUCAGAAGAUUGCUUACCGAGCAUACGUUUGAUUUAAAUAAAUUCUGGUCAGGCCAGUACACUUAUAGGGGAACGCGGUCAUGUGAAACAGGUCAGUGAUUAGAGAAAUCGAUUAAAGUCCGUCUUAAAACACAGGCGAGGUGUGAGAAUAUGCGGAGGAGUAAUAAGAGUCAUGCCAAGGCUGGGGUGAAAGCGAAAGGGUGCGGAGAGUCACGCGCAGUUAGUCAACUUUUGACCACGGUAAGCGUGGAGUCUGAACGAGGUUCUUCUGCGCACACAUGACCGCUUCUGAUAACAGAUGCUGGCACAGUAACUUGGGGUACCUCGAUGGGACCUUAUCAAUCAUGCGAAAAUCUCUGCUGAGGUCCACACGAUGCUCGGAAUCGACGUGUGCGAGAAUGGUGCUGUCUAUUCUCCUAGUUUCACCUUUUCCCAGCCUUGCCGAGGGGUGUUCUCGUAUUCUUUCGUAUAGGCGCCGACUCGAGCGACCAAUAUAACCUGUUCCACAGGAGCGAACGAAGGGGUAGAUACACGUUGAGGUGGUCUGAGCUGGCAACUUAUACUUACCCUAUCCGCUUAAAAGAGGAUUAGUAUGGAAUACUAUUCUUAUUAUCACCCCCCUCCCGUCUUCCCGUAUUCUCACAUCCUAUCUGCGUUUUAAGACAAAGUUUCAUCGAUUUCUCUAACCACCGACAUAUUUCACUUGUUCGCGUUCCCUUAUAAAUGUACUGGCCUGACGAGUAUUUAUCGAAAUCGAACGCAUGCCCAGACUUUCUGUAACACACUUUUCAUAAAUUAGAACUCGUAGGAUUUACCCUGUUUCUUUAGUUUGUAUCUUCAUAGAAAAUUAUGAAAGUUCGUUUACAAAACACAAAAUUCGCAUCAACUUCAAAUGACUUCUGUCUAAUUGGACUUGGCUCAAUUGUGAGUGACCGUGGUAGAUCGUCAGUCCUGAGAGCCCAAGCAUUGCUCAACAAUUCAGGCGGAUUUUACACCCCGAAAGAGAACGAAAAUAUUCAAACUGCCCUUGCGAAGGUAGUCGACAGUCGCAUACAGUUAAGUACCAGUUCGGAACCAGUUUCAAACGAGGACCUGGAUUGUGUAGUGCAUUCUUUAUGUCACCGCGAUUAAGUACGGUCAAAACAUGGACUUGAGCUUAUGGUCAGGGAUUAGCUGUUUGUCCAAAGGUAGAAUGAGCAGAUAAUCUCUUUUAUUACCGACCCCCAUGACGAUAGUUUCCAACCUGACCUAUUUAGCGCUUUCAGGCAGAAUCGUACUAUAUAAGAGUUGACUAGGCUCACCGUGGCUGCCUAAUUAAAAAUUUCGUGUGAUUUCAGUAUCUAGAAAUACGCCAAUGCAAAUGUGGACAAUCCUCACUAGAUUCCAUAGCUCUUACGACUGUGAUCAUGUCUAAUCUAGCCGAGCUCGGUAAUUUCGAGGACUGUACCACUGCAGACGCGACGAUCUGUAAAGCUCUACUCAUUUUCACAGCUAUAGUCAAAAUGGACAGGUUAUGUCGUAAUUCUGACUCAUAAGUUGAGUGCACACACCGAGUUAUCAUAAACACCCGCGUGUGUUUGUGAAUGCGCGCGAGCUAGGUCUCUCCGCGAAUGUUUGUCCAUCGAUCAGGUUGAUAACUGUGGGUAACUUGAGUACCGACUAUUCCAACGUGGAUCGAUAAUGGACAGACCGCUUUUUAGGCCCAUACACUCUGCCAGUCCUCAGCGUCUUGCUGUUAAGACUCAGAAAUGGGAACCUCCCCCGUUAAUACAGGUGGUUUUGCGCAAAAUUCCAGGAAGGGUGUCUAUUUUCGUGUCCCAACCCUAACCCUCAGCGUCUCGAAUAGCCGUAGCAGUGCGUCAGCCUACUGAGAUUUAGAGGUGUGUUGGCAGAUUUCAAAUAAUUUACUUUGACCCGGCUGGGCCUCGCAGCUCAGAUGGUUAGAGCAUUGGCUGUACUUAAGCCUUCCUUUGCUGUCGUGGGCUCGAAUCCCACCGAGAUACCGAGUUUUUCACAGUUGGGUCAAAGUAAAUUAUUUGAAAACACAGAGGUGUUUUGGCAGAUUUCAAACAAUUAACCUUGACCCAACUGUGAAAAAUUCGGUACCUCGGUGGAAUUCGAGCCCACGACAGCAAGGGAAGGCUUUAGUACAGCCAACGCUCUAGCCGCCUGAAAUCUGCCAAAAUACCUCUGAGCUACGUGAGCCUCGCAGUCAUCUAGUGGAUUCUAGAUGCAUUACUUAGGAAAUCCUGCUUGGGCAGUCAGCUUACUGCAUCAGAUUUGGUGGACUCCAGACGUUGCAGUAGGUCGGGCGGGCAAACUUAAUCCAAAUGUGAUUAAACUCGUGUCGUCCGGUAGGGCCUCACAGCUCAGAUGGUUAGAGCAUUGGCUGUACUAAAGCCUCACCUUGCUGUAAUGGGUACGAAUCCCACCGGGUCGCCACGUUUUUCACAGUUGGGUCAAAGUGAACUUACUGAGAUGCAAAUGGACAGAUAAAAACCGACAGGGAGUAAAGUGUAAUGAACUACUGGAUCAAAGACAACACGACUACUUAGGUUUAAUUAGCCGUAGUUGUGACGUACACCGGUCGGCUGCCUGAACCUAGCUGCAAAAAUGGUCCUAGAAUUGACCGCGGUUAGCUGCCUGGUCAGCAGACAGACAGUUGCUCAGAUGCUAAAGCCCUGCCAUACAGGAGCGGCGUUCAGAGAUAUGUCUUAACCAAAGAACAGAAAUGCGUGCUUCCAUAUCGUUUUGGGAAAUAAUGGGAGACUACGAUGCAUAGCCACCAGCCCCACCACAGUGUUCCGCCGGACCUCCUCACCAGCGAAGUCUCUAUUUUAGCAGACUUUGCUCGCUCUAUUUGCAGAUAUCGUUGAUUUUUCAUCGGCCCGGUCGGACAGAGGUCAGUCGAUGACUUAGUUGGACAGUCUUUACUGAAGAGAGCGGCGGCAACAACUUUUUUUCUUUAUCAGACCGAGAGUCAGUCGUUGGUGUUCUCAGCCGCGGCGCGGGACGUAUGCAAGCGCCUGGUCUACGUGGUGGUGGUUCUCAGGCGACUGUGGCAUGUGUUGCAGUCAACCAUGAGCAUGGAAGCCGGCCAUAACGUUGGCAGAUGGUCUGCGCGGUUUUUUGAAGAAUACACGGCAAAAUUCGUGCACGCAGGAGCGCUCACAAGUCAUCUGCCGCAGGUGGGCUAACUCAUGAAAUAUUAGCCUAAAUUCCAAAAUGCGUUUUCGUUUCGGAAAGAGUAAUUAAACAGGGUUGUAAAACCAAUCAUCGUGCAGCAUAAUUCUAUAAUAAUUCAGUUACCCCCAGGAUGCCAGCUUUCGAACGAACUUCUUUCCGGCUGCAUGCAAAAAUUAUACUCUGUAAAAAAUGAUUACUUAUUUGGCGUGAAUUUUUCUCAUGGAUGUUCGAUGCCCUUAAAUAUUCAACUAUUUUUCAUAGAAAACAUGUAUGAAAAUACUCAUUCCCUUGCUCAUUCGGUAGAAAAUUACGUCUUCUCCAGGUUUUAUACUCGAAGGAAAGGUAUAAUUAGAUAUUAAGAAAGUUUCUUAUUGUAAGAUUUUUUUAAUACCGUGAAAUAGUCGUCCAUAAAACGUCAUGUCUCUGCACUUACCAAUGUGGCCUGUAAAAUUAACAACAUGGCUGAAAUCCAAUGCUAAAUUUUACGAACCCCAUAUGAUCUCCUCUUAAUACCAUAGAGAAAUGUAUGGUUUUCCGCAAGCGAAAAAUAUACGGCUCUUAGUUUGGAAACCCUUAAUGCAAGUGUAACAGCAGGCCUGGUGCAAAAUUAAUUGGGAAUUGGGAGAGUUUUUAAAAACCGAAUUAUACACUCCUUUUGAGUAUGAGAUUGGUAGAAGACGUCAUUUUCUACCGAAUGAGCAAGAGAAUGAAUAUUUUUGCACGCUAUUUAAGUAGUCAUUUUUACAGAGUAUAAUGUUUGCAUUCAGCCGGAAAAAAUUUCGUUCGAAAGCCUGAGGGAACUCAAUUAUUAUAUAAAUAAGCUGCUAGAUGACCAGUUCUACAACCCUACUAAAUUAACCUUUUCAAGAUGAAAACGCAUUUCGGAAUUUCGGUUAACAUUUUAAGAGCUAGCCCACCUAUUGUACUUUUUCAAACGCCUCUCCUCGGCUCGAAAUGAGUACUAACCAGUUAACUUUUGUGAAGAAUGAGCACAGCAAUUGGAAGUUAGGAAACAUUUGCAAGUGCUUUCGGCUUUUAACUACUCAAAAUGUAAUUUUUGAACCCAUACUUCUUCUAUAGAUUUUGGACGUUCAUUCCCGACCCAAACCCCAUCGCCAUCACGAAUACUACUGUUUUUAAGGGAAUUCAUAUCUCUGUACGGGAUCCUCACGCAAACAUUAAACGCCAGCUACAGUUUAGCUGAUCCCUUGACUACUGAAAGACUACGGACAACGCACACUAGUGAGAGUUACCGAGAUCAGUGGAACCGGUAGGAGUCAUUUCCAACCGAACAAUAACGACAAGCAUCAGCAAACUGGGCUUCUAGUCAACCGUCUUCUAAUCCCAAACCUUUUAAAAUAGCCGCCAACGAGACCACAUUCGAAUGAGCACGCUACCACACGCACCUAGUGCCUCUUCUAGUCAAUAGCGGAAUCCAAAAGGCCGCGUCUUACAACCUAACCAAAGCAUUUUACACUGUCCUUACCCGCAUCGAAGAUGCCGCUCCGUUUGGCAUGUUACUUGGGGUAUUGGUAAGACACGGAGAUAAGAACCCUCCCGAUUAUUAAAGGCGGUGGACCAACUGCGCCAGGUGCGUCUGCGCGCAUGUUUGUGUUUCUGGUCCCAACUGCUGGUGGUCAGGGUUAUGAUUAUCUGAAUGAAGGCAGAAUAAGCCCGAAACAGUGCUGUAUCAAUCUACCCGCAUUCUCUGUCAUCCCUCCUCGCUGCUAUUAGGACUUGGCCGACUUCGGCCUGGUAAUUGGUUGCCUGUUCGUGACCUUUGCCACACAUACGGAGCUUGUUUGCUUUGUGAAGCCAAUAGAUCGGUGUACGCCCAUUCCUGAUUGAGAAAUACCCGAUCUGCAGCGACAGAAAAUGACAGGUGGCGAGGCACUGAUGAACUUCGGUUCGAUGAAGUGCUUAUGACCCAUCUGGUAGGCCUCAGUGGUGGACCGACUGCACCAGGUGCGUCUGCGCGCAUGUUUGUGUUUCUGGUCCCAACUGCUGGUGGUCAGGGUUAUGAUUGGCUGAAUGAAGGCAGAAUAAGCCCGAAACAGUGCUGUAUCAAUCUACCCGCAUUCUCUGUCGUCCCUCCUCGCUACUAUUAUGACUUGGCCGACUUCGGCCUGGUAAUUGGUUGCCUGUUCGUGACCUUUGCCACACAUACGGAGCUUGUUUGCUUUGUGAAGCCAAUAGAUCGGUGUACGCCCUUUCCUGAUUGAUAUAUAUACCUAGACGUUCAGGUAACGAGGCAAGAAGACGGAACCCUCUAGGCUGGUGUCUUUCGAAAAGCGACAAACAGGGAGAAAAUUCUUCACUACAACAGGAACCAACCCCUGUCGCAUAAACGCAGCUGCGUCCGGACGCUUUCUCGCCGCAUCAACACACACUGCAGCACAGAAGCCGAGAAGCUGCGGGAGCGUGAGACCCUAUGGCACCUCUUCCUCGCCAAUGGAUAUCCGGGAAGUUUUGUAAACAAAUGCUUAUACCAAAGACAUGAAAACACGCAAAGACCUGAAAUCUUCCGCGCUCCGCCUUAAGUUAGAAACGUCUCCGAAUCCACUGAGCGCAUGCUAAGGCCACUAAGCGUGGGCGUUGGACACCGACCGGAGGCCACCAUCCGCCGCUUACUCAUGCAACCCAAGGGCCGGCUACCACCUGCACACACGUCAGGCGUCCUUUACCGCGUCAAAUGUCUAUACUGUCUGGACAACUUCUGCGACAUGACGGACAAACGACUGCGCACGCGCGUGCAUGAGCACGCCUUAGCCGUAAAGCGAAAGGAUGUACGCUCGCACGUCGCCAUGCGCAGUCUAGAAAAUAAUCACGUGUUCGACUUUGACGGUGCCCAAGUGCUCGGCCGAGCCCAAAGCAAGCUGGCGAGAGAAGUAAUCGAAGCCUGGCAAUCAGACGCCAACUCUAUCAAUCGCAAUAUUGACCUACCAACGCCAUACGAGGCCAUCAGGCGCCACUUGCGCGCGCGAGAGGGCCAAUAA